UGCCCAGCAGGGAGGAUUUCAAUAAAUACUGAUGCUAACCAGUGUGAGAAGUGCCCAGAAGAUCAGUAUCCAAACAAGAGCCAGGACCAAUGUAUCCCGAAAGAAAUAAUCUACCUAUCUUACAAGGAGGAAUUGGGGGCAGCUCUGGUUUCCUUGGCACUUUCCUUUUCCAUAAUGACUGUUGUGCUGUUUUUGAUUUUAAUUCAGUAUCACAGUACACCUAUUGUGAAAGCCAACAAUUGGAGUAUCACAUGCAUUCUACUCUGUUCUCUACUUGUCUGUUUCCUCUCCUCCUUCUUAUUCAUUGGAAGGCCAGGAAAGAUGACCUGCCUUCUUAGGCAAAUAGUUUUUGGCAUUAUAUUUUCUAUUGCUGUUGCUUGUGUAUUAGCAAAAACUAUCACUGUUGUUUUGGCCUUUAUGGUCACCAAGCCAGGAAACCAGAUCAAAAAUUGCUUGGGAAAGAGACUUGAAGUGCUGGUGAUUGUUUUCUCUUCUCUAAUUCAAAUUGGCAUCUGCGUUGCAUGGUUAGCAGUUUCUCCCCCUUUCCCAGAAUAUGACAUGCAGUCCCAGAUGGAUCAGAUUAUAGUGCAAUGCAAUGAAGGCUCCGACUUCAUGUUCUACAUUGUAUUAAGCUACAUAGGGCUGUUGGCCAUUAUCAGUUUCACUGUGGCUUUCUUUGCCCGGAAGCUGCCUGACACUUUUAAUGAAGCUAAGCUCAUCACCUUCAGCAUGUUGGUCUUUUGCAGUGUUUGGGUGUCUUUUGUCCCCACAUACCUGAGCACAAAGGGGAAAUACAUGGUGGCUGUGGAGAUCUUCUCCAUCUUAGCCUCUAGCGCUGGAUUGUUGGGCUGCAUCUUUCUUCCCAAACUCUAUAUUAUUUUACUGAGGCCUGAGCUGAACACCAGGGAGCAACUGGUAAGGAAAAAGAGUGGGUAUAGAUGA